ACGAUUCCUCAUUCUACACCCUCAAUCUUCUACCAUUUCUGACGUCGGUCAAACCACACAGACUUGCUAUACACACAAACCUCUCUGUUCUUACCGGACACCAGCAACCCGUUCCUUCCAACUCGUCUCCCCCACUACCCACACAAACACCGCAAAUAUGGCCGAAGCUCAGAUUUCAAGGACGGACAACCUGAUGAAGUAUCUCAGGCUCGACCAGAAGGGUUCCAUCAUUGCCGAGUACAUCUGGAUCGACGCUGAUGGCGAGACCCGUUCCAAGGCGAGGACACUUGCCGAGAAGGAGUACGCUGUUGACGAUCUUCCCACCUGGAACUUCGACGGCUCUUCCACAGGCCAGGCGCCCGGCGACAACUCGGACGUUUACCUGAAGCCCGUUGCCGUCUUCGCCGACCCCUUCCGUGGCUCCCCCAACAUCCUCGUCCUGGCCGAGUGCUGGAACGCCGACGGCACCCCCAACAAGUUCAACUACCGCCAUGAGUGCGCCAAGCUGAUGGAGGCUCACGCCGAACACGAGCCCUGGUUCGGUCUCGAGCAGGAGUACACCCUCCUCGACCUCAGCAACCGUCCCUUCGGCUGGCCCUCGAACGGUUUCCCCGCUCCCCAGGGCCCCUACUACUGCGGUGUUGGUGCCGGCAAGGUCGUUCAGCGCGACAUUGUCGACGCCCACUACAAGGCCUGCCUCUACGCCGGCGUCAAGAUCUCGGGCACCAACGCCGAGGUCAUGCCCGCCCAGUGGGAGUUCCAGGUCGGUCCUUGCAACGGCAUUGAGAUGGGUGACCAGCUCUGGCUCGCUCGUUUCCUCCUCGCCCGCAUUGCCGAGGAGUUUGGCGCCAAGGUCUCGGUCGAGCCCAAGCCCAUCCCCGGUGACUGGAACGGUGCCGGUCUGCACAGCAACUUCUCCAGCAAGGAGAUGCGUGUUGAGGGCGGCAUGAAGCACAUUGAGGCCGCCAUCAAGAAGCUUGAGGGCCGUCACCUCGAGCACAUUGCCGUCUACGGUGAGGGCAACGAGAAGCGCCUGACCGGCAGGCACGAGACUGGCUCCAUCGACCAGUUCUCCUAUGGUGUCGCCACUCGUGGCGCCUCCAUCCGCAUUCCCAGGGAAUGUGCCGCCAAGGGCUUCGGCUACUUCGAGGACAGGAGGCCGGCGUCCAACGCCGACCCCUACAGGAUUACGGGCAUCAUGAUGGAGACCAUUUACGGCUCCGUCAACUAA